AUGUCUCUCUACCAAAUAGCGGUCGAAUACGUCUUAGUCUACAGCACAGCAGUCGGCCUAACAGCGCUGGGCGAGCCCACCCUCGCUAGUCCCCCCGGACCUCUCAAACACACAGUCCCCACCCCCAAUGACGGCCGAGACUCCAUGCCCGUCUGGAUCAUCUUCAUCUUCGUCUUCCUCGCCUUCGCCAAAUGGUUCAUCUCCUUCCUGAUCCUUUACAUCACCACCCUCCUCACCACCGUCGCCGCCGUCGCCACAACCCGCAUCCGCACCCUCGCCGCGCUCAACGCCUCCACCCACUCCUCCUCCCAGCGCGGCCAACUCGACAACCUCGUCCGCGCCAUCCGCGUCGUCGGCGCCUUCAAAUCCGCCCGCACCGCACGCACGCAAUCCCAAGCCCGCCGACAAGAGACCGCCCGCCGCCUCUCCCUCGUCUCCGUCCACGAAGUCAAGCUCGAUCUCAAACGCCGCACGACCCUGGAAAUCGAGCGGAAGCGGGGGCUGCAUGAGCCGAAACCGCCUUCUGGCCCAAUCGGGAGGGCGUGGCAUCGCGUCACCUCGUAUCCGUGUUUUCGCGGCUUCUCCGCCCUCGUGACGGUGGGGAUUGCGCAGUGGUUGCUAGCGUUUGUGACGGAUUUCUUUUUGUCGGGGCAGCCGCCGCAGCAUAAGCUCGGGUAUGGCACCACGAGCCUUGUGCUCAAGACGUUCUUCGCGUCUUUCUAUGCGGUGUGGACGCAUUAUACGAUUACGAAGCCCACCCGCAAGGGCGUCGACGACCAUUUUCCCAAAGGCGAUAAAGUGCUCACGGAACUGUGGCCUAUGACUGCGCUCUGGGCCGUCGCCGACCAUAUCUGCCUAUCGGGCCCGCUGGCGAUCUCGAGGGCCUGGGGGCUGAAGGAGGUUGCGUUUGAUGCUGAGAGCUGGAAUCGCAUGUCGCCUUCCCAGCUCCGCCAGAUUUUGGCGAAAUUCGCUAUUGUUUGGAUGGUUUAUGUGGUGCUGACGUUGUUGCUGAGUAUUCCCGUUACGAUACUCACGAGACGAGUGCAUGCUUCCAUGCUCUCGGAUGAGGAUCUGGCUAUCGUGCCCUUCCAUCGCGGGGAUAAGACGAGGACGUUCGAUUAUGCGAAACGCGCGCAUAUUAAGAAGCCUGGGUUGACGGCGGGGGAGGCGUGGGAGACAAUUACGUUGGGGGUGUAUUGGAGGGUCGUGAAAGUUUGUUUUGGGAGCUUUUUAGUGGGGCAGGGUGUGAAUGCGGUUUAUUGGGUUAUCAAUUGGAAGUUGCAGACGUGGCUUGGUGUUGGGGGGUAUAGGGGGACGAAGUUACCAUGGAGUCCGAUUGGGGUGUUGGUGGGGUUGGGGGUGGGGGGGAAUUUGCCUGAUAUGGGGGAUGUUGGGAAGACGGAGCUGUGA